AUGGCAUCAUCAUCAUCGACAACGUGUACGAAAUGGUACACUGUACGUCAGUUGAAAAUUUUUCAAUUCAUAUUUGGAUCGUAUCUAACGAUUCAUUUCAUAAACUUAGUUCCGUAUGCGAAUGAAUUAUUCGGUCGUACUGGUAUGAUUGCUGAUCCACAGUGGAAUCCAACCUAUGGUUACUUUCCAAAUAUUAUUCAUUGGAUUGAUUAUUCUCCUAAACUUCUUAGUAUUUUCAUUAUUUUUUUGGCAUUUUUAUCAGUUGUGUUUGCCGCGCGGCUUUUUACACCACGUGUUAUUGCCCUUUUACUAUGGUAUGGAUGGGCAUGCCUCUUAAAUCGUAACGUACUCAUUUUGAACCCUGGCAUCCCCUACGUUGGUUUACUUCUCUUAGCAUUCAGUCUCAUCAAAUUUACAAAUUCAGAUAAAAAUAGCACAGAAAAUCAUGAAGUUAGCAUCAGUCCAGAAGUCUUUCCAUGGCUCUAUUGGGGAGGAUGGACUUUAUAUGCAUUAGGUUAUACAAUAAGUGGGUUACAUAAAUUACAAUCACCUAGUUGGAUCGAUGGUAGUGCAUUGAGUCACGUCCUAAAAUCUCCAUUAUCGCGCAACAAUCAUUUAUGCCAUGUCUUACUUGAAGCAAACCCAAUAAUUCUUCAAAUAUCUACAUGGGCAUCGCUCUUUGCAGAAAUUUCGUUUGUUCCUCUAGGUCUCUUUUACCAUGCACGUAAAUUGUACUGGUUUGCUUUCCUUGCUCUUCAUUUAGGCGUUUUGUUACUCGUCAAUUUCACUGAUCUCACAUUCGGAAUAUUAGCUAUGCAUUUCUUUCUAUUUGAUCCUCGUUGGUUAUUUUGA